GGGGGAAGGCAGUUUUACCUCUAUAACGUUCGCCUCACCUCACCAAUCCCAUGACCGUUUGGCUCCAGGGAGCUUAAUAAAAUAUCAUAUGGCCUGAACACUACAACAGCACAGAUGUUAGAAACCUGGAUAGUCAUGCCCUCUUAUAUAGGUGAGGCAUUGCAGAAUCUGUCAAAGAUUGUGACAGAAAACUUCCAUACAAAAUGUGGUUUCAAAGUGUUAGCCCUCUGGGUGUCGUUCGAGUAGACUGGAACUACAAUAAGCUAUCAAGGCAUGUGUAGACUGUAGGAUCUGCUUGGAGAUUAUAACCAGGCUAUCAAGGCACUCCAUGGCACUGUUUCCUUCCUCAUCCACAGCUGCAGGCAGCAUGCCUGGCUUUAUGCCUACUGACAAGGAGAAGUGGAUGUUGGUUUUCACAGGCCGCUACCCAUCUAAAGCUGACAUCCCAAAAGAGGUCUCGUAUGAUGAGCUGACAGCUGCCAAAGACAAGAUGCGUGUGUAUGUGUCAACAUUGCUAGUCAUCCUGACCUUCGUGUCUGCAUUUGGAGUGGCGAUGUGGGGUCGGUCCGAGCGGGACAGAGGGGAGUCCCUGCUGAAGAGAAAUCUGCAGAGGAGAGCAGACAAGCAGAAGGAGAUGGCAGACCAGGCAGCAGCAGAAGCAGAGAAAUAGAUGACUCGGUGUGACAGGGAUCACCAGAAGACAUAAACCUUCUCCCUGCUGCCUAACGUCAUAAUCAGUACAAGUUUGGAACAAAUCUAGGGUGCUACAAGGAGCCUGUAUAACCUCCUUGGGUGCUAUCACAGGCCAGUGUUCUCUGCAGGCCCCAAUGCUGUGAUUUUGGUCCCUAUGCUGUGUUUCAAGCAGAGAAGGGCACUUUUCUGUUGAUUUGUAACAAUUAAAAAAAAACUGUUGGCUCUAUUUCACUAAAUAUUGGCCCUCCAAAUGCACAAAAUAGUGUUUCUGAGGGGGCAGAUUCCCCCAGACACCCUAUACAGUGUGCUCCACCUGCAUUGUUUACCAGUUGGCUUGAUGCCCCUUUGCUGUGAAUGAAUCCUGGUGAGAACACUGCAGGCUAAUUGUUAAAAUGUAACUACAGGGCAUGUGUCACAGUUGCAAAGGAGGAGCCUUAUUCAUUGGGAAAUUAACAGACCAGCACUCGCUGUCUUACCAAUAUGAUAAUGUCAUUGGUCUUGCUCAGUUGUGUCUAUCCCCACCUCCAAAUUAUUAUAAACCCAGAAUUCUGGCAAGACCACAUAAGAUUACAUACUACCUGUCCCAAUUUAAAAAAAAGAGAGACCAAUUCAGUCUAUCCUUAAAAGAUUAGGAAAAUAACCAGGGAUUGUAGUGACAUUCAUUCACUGAGUCUGUACUGCACAGUGCAACUGUGAUCUGCCCUUGGCCUUCAAUAUACCCUUAAAGAAAUACUCCAGAAUCACCAAAUAUAUAUAUAUAUAUAUAUAUUUUCAUGUGGCAAUGCAUGUUUGCAGGUUGUACUUCAAAGUCUAUAUACAUUGUAGAUAUAGGGGACCACUAUAGGGGUCAUUGACCAACAUGUACAUGUAGCUAAUGACAAUUAGGGUACAACUUUGAUGUUGAUUAUAUUAAAUGGAGGUGAGAUGUCAAGUAGUUGUCAUUUGCUUUGUACUAGGGUGGGUACUGCUACAUUAUACCGGUGCAAAACCGUUUAUUACUCUGUGACUGAAGGGUAACUUCCAGCUACAGAGUCUUUUUUUAUAUUUUUGGAGCGGUACAAAAAAAACGGACCUGAAAAAAAUCAGUGGACCAGAUUUUGGACCAAUUAGUACAUGGACACAGUAUAUCGCCAGCCAUCCACACAUUUUGGGGCUUACCGGUCCAAGAAAGUAACAAGAGCAAAGUAAAGGUUAUAGUCAUUUCUACCAAGUUUCUACAGUCAAACAUACGGAGGCAGUUAGUCAUGUUCACACAUGUACUUGAAGAUUGGAUUUUGAAAUGCCAGUGGAGUCGGAUAUGCCACUCAACAGAUUCCUUUGUAGGGAAUUUUUUUGAAUGAAUGAAGUUAUUGCUCAACAAUCGCACAAAGUACAAUGUAUGGCAACCAAUAACAGCUUCUAGCUAACAUACAAAUGUAGUUUUGAAUUUUCUGUACCAGUACCCAUCCUGAACAUGUACACUUAAGACCAGAUAAGAGGCGAGAUAGCUUCUUCAACGUGUAAGCACAGCGUGUAUCGGUAGUUUGCCUUCUUGUAUUUCUCUUAAUACCUAUGCUUGCCUUCUGAUGUGUCAAGGCUAAAUAAUACAGUUCACUGCCAGUUUUCAAUAUUUCAGACUCCCAAGAAAAAUAAAAGUGUAUUGAGGA